AUGGCGAGCAAAGAAGUAAAAACUACUAAAAUUAACAGUGAAACGCGCCAUCCAUUAGAACCAUUAUCACUUGCUGAAAUUGGACUUGCUGUCAAUGUAUUAAAAAAGCAAAGUGAUAAAGUCACAUCAACAACACGUUUUGUAUCUAUUACUUUACGAGAACCAGCAAAAGAAAAAAUACUUACAAAAUCAAAGGAAAAGAUCACACGCGAAGCCGAUGUUGUUCUCUUUAAUAAUGAAACAAAUUCAUGUUAUGAAGCACGCAUUUUACUAGAAGAUGAAGGCCAUAUUGUUUCACUUGAACACAUACCUAAUGUUCAACCAACAAUGACUAUUGAUGAACAAACGGAAUGCGAACAAGCUGUACUUCGUUCCACUGAAUUUCAAGAAUUAAUACUUAAACAUUAUGGUAUUGAGGACGUUAAUCGGGUUAUGGUUGAUAUAUGGUCAAGUGGAUAUUAUGGCGAAGAAGAAGAGCGUACACAUCGUUUAGCAAGACCAUUAUGUUUUGUACGAUCUGAUCCAACUGAUAAUGGAUAUACACAUCCUAUUGAAGGUUUACGACCUGUUGUGGAUCUUAAUACAAUGGAAGUUAUUCGUAUUGAAAUCUAUAAUCAUUAUCCAAUUCCCUAUCUGAAUUUUAAUUAUACAUCGGAUCGAGUGAAAAAACUUCGUGACGAUAUUCGACCCUUCGAAAUCAUUCAGCCUGAAGGUCCAAGUUUUCAAACCGAUGGUAAUCAAGUAUCAUGGCAAAAAUGGUCAUUUGUUGUUGGUUUUACAAUGCGUGAAGGUUUAGUUCUACACAAUUUAACGUAUGAUAAUCGAUCGGUAUUCUAUCGAGGUGCAUUAAGUGAAAUGGUUGUACCCUAUGGCGAUCCAGCUGAACAGCAGGCACGAAAAAAUGCAUUCGAUUGUGGUGAAUAUGGUUUAGGUUGUUCUACGAACAGUCUUGAACUUGGUUGUGAUUGUCUUGGCUGUAUAAAAUAUUUUGAUGCAAACAUGUGUUCAAGUCGAGGAGACUUAUUAGUCAUUAAAAAUGCUAUUUGUCUUCAUGAAGAAGAUGUAGGAAUUUUAUGGAAACAUACAGAUCGACGAUUAAAUAAUCCUGAAGUUCGACGUAGUAGACGUUUGGUUAUUUCAAGUAUUGCAACCAUUGAAAAUUAUGAAUAUGGAUUUUUUUGGUAUUUAUAUCAAGAUGCUAGCAUCCAUUUUGAAGUUAAAAUGACUGGUAUUCUUUCAUUAGGCGCAAUUCCACCCGACCAGAAAUCUGCUUAUGGUUCAAUAAUUGCACCACAAUUGUUUUCAGCAUAUCAUCAACAUUUUUUUAAUGUACGCCUCGAUUUAGCAAUUGAUGGAAUAGAUAAUACAGCAUAUAUGGUUGAUGUUGAAGCUGAUCCCGACGAUGCUGAAUACAAUCGAUUUCAUAAUGCAUUUCAUAUAAAUAAAACACGACUCGAUACGGAAAAACAAGCAAGAAGUCAUUUAUCUUUAGAAAAAUCUCGUUCAUGGAUAUUUGAAAGUAAUGCCACUCGAAAUGCAAUUGGCCAACCAACAGGUUAUAAAUUAUAUCCAGGAGAGAAUUGCAUGCCAUUGAGCUCUAAAAAUGCCUGGUGGCGUAAACGUGCUAGCUUUGUUGAUUAUCACGUAUGGGUAACACCUUUUCAUGAAAAGGAAAUGUUUGGAUCUGGAAAUUAUCCAAAUCAAUGUCAAUCUGACAUAGGUUUACAUAAAUAUACUGAACAAGAUCGAUCCAUUGUCAACCGAGAUAUUGUACUUUGGUAUACAUUUGGUGUAACACAUAUUCCAAGACAAGAAGAUUUUCCUGUUAUGCCUGUUGUUGUCUGUGGAUUUACCCUUAAACCGAAUGGAUUCUUUGACAUCAAUCCAUCCAGCGAUAUUCCCAAAGCAAUUAAAAAGAUCAAUGAAGCCUGCUGCAAAAACUAA